CGCGUGGAGUACUUUAUCUCCAUCACCAGCCCUAUAUAGCAAUGGAAGAAUCAUUUUUAUCUUUACCGCUGUUAUCUUUACCGCCGCAGACUUAUACACGUAGUUGAUUUCCUCAUCAAGGAGCCGGAUCUCCUAACGCUGACUUCAAUCUCUUACUCUCCUUUUCAAUCUUGCGCGCGUUUAGAAGUCUCGGGUCUCCCCAGUCUUCCUCUCUCACUGUUACUCCCCUUCUCUCCUAUCCUAGCCCUGUUUCUUGGGCUAGCAUAUUGUUUCACACCAUUCGUCUUUCCUAAUUGGCUCUUUCAUAUUCUCGCAUUUCACUUCUCAUCAUUGCCAUAUUCUCAAGAUGGCAAUGAGUUUCUCUUCAGAUAUCACGUUAGCAGGGCCAUCUCCACUGUCUUUUAGGAAGACACGUGCGUGCAGGCAGAAGUCAAAGACUGGGUGUACCACUUGCAAGUGAGUAAAAGUGGUGACUAGAAUGUUCAAUCGAUCAUGUGGAUCGAAUGAAUGUUGAUAGUAUGAAGCUGCGAAGGGUCAAAUGUGAUGAGACCAAACCAUCGUGCAUGCGAUGUAUAAACUUCGGGAGGAAGUGUGAUGGCUACGAGUACAGUCCUAAGGAUAAACCGGCUUGGCUGAUGGGCCCAACUAUAUCCACUGGCAUAUCACAAGAAGUCGUAGAAUCUCCGCCCUUUUCAAUACCACCCAGUAUCUCCGUGUUGAACUUCGGUAACGAGCAAGAGGCUCAAUACUUUGAUUUCUUCUGUAAAGAGACCGUCUUUGAGCUCGCCGGAGGGUUUAAAAAGAAACUAUUCAACGUCAUCAUCCUUCAAUCUUGUCAUACUGAUACCUCUGUCCGACAUGCUGCCACCGCAAUCGCUGCUUUGAGCAAAGCAAUGAAAGUCUCGAAAUGCAUAGACCCGAAAGAAGGUGAAGCCGGGUUCAAGCGGAUUUCCGAUCAAGUAGAGAUGCACCGUCGAUACGCUCUGAAGCAAUAUGGAAGAUCCAUUCGGUAUCUUCGUAACCUUAUUCGAACGACUCAAAAUUCUCUUCGCAUACCUUUACUUGUGUCUCUCAUUAUAUUUUGCUUUGAGAAUUUUCAUGGCAACACUCAGUUGGCCGACAAACACAUUUAUAGUGCACUUAAGAUGAUGCACCAUCAUGAAGCAAUUUCAAGUCAUCCCCAUCACAAUCCAUUAUUGAGCUCUCCUGCGCCAGAUUUGGUAGAAAAUGAGAUUGUCACCGCGUAUCUCCACCUUGCUCUGGCGAUCGUGACACGACCAGAUGAUCCAGAUUCUUUGAGCGAUAAGGUCCUUGACCUCAUUUCAAACGAUAUACCCAAACCGGACAUUCCUCGACAACUUGACAAUCUUGCAGAAGCCGAAGUUCAUUUAGAACAUGUGCUAUACCACUCUCUCCCGAAGAUACCACGGGCAGACCUACAAAGGCGCCUGGCAUCACCGGAUCUUUCUCCUCAAGGUUUGGCAAUCAGCUUUUCAAGAAUUCAGAAGCUUCACCCAGAAGCAUCAUCUCCUAUCCUCACAGGAUUCGAGUUUCCUAAGUUCAGUUCUAGCUUUCAAGAUUGGCAAAGAGCAUUUCAGCCAAUCAUUUCUUAUGCACAAUCUCCUUCGGGUAAUGCAGAUUAUAUUGCUGCCACCACUCUUCAGAUUAAAGCUCUCGGGAUAGGACUCAUGGGUCAAGGAGUUUUCCUUGAUUACAGGAUUUCCGAUCACUUCCUUCCCAUCUUUCGUCAAAUCAUCUCUCUCAGUCAAAAGCUUGUUUCCGAUCCUCGAUUCUUGAAGACAUUCGUCUUUGAUGCGGGGAUUAUUCCUUCUCUUUUCGUUGUGAUAUACGCGUGUCCUGAUCAAAAAAUACGGAGAGAUGCGGUCACGAUCUUAAGGGAAGCAGGCCCUAGACGUGAAGGCACAUGGGAUGCUUUAAAAAUUGCUAGUAUUGGACAAAUGCUAUUAGAUUCCGAGGAAAUAGGGCCAAUUAAGACGAAAUCGACAUUUUUGCCAUUGAAUGAUAUAAACUUGAUGUCGCCAACAGUAUACGAGGAGAUUCAAACACCCAUACUUCAAUCUCCACGACCAAGACGAAGGUCUCUUCUUGUUUCACCACCUCUGUGGGAACGUGGUUCAGAGCGAGGUGUGUUAAGAUCCAACGCUGAGUUGCAAGUCUUUUUGGUAUGGACCGCUUUUCUUGCAGAGGGGGGAGGGGGUUAUUUUCUUCGACAUCUCGAUGCUUUUUUCCAUCAUCUUCUUGUGACUUUCCUUCUCAAGGCUAUCGGAUUGAUACGAAGUCCUUUCAUACUUCCAAUGGUUUCUGUAUUUUCGUCUCAUCAUAUCGAAAACCACCACUCAAUCAGCUAAUUCGCGGUAUAACUCGCUAUCCCCAUGCUGAUGUUUCAGCGCACUUUAUUCUAUUCAUUACGUCUUUUUAUUUUGAUCUAUUGAUUUUCUAUUUAUUUAUUCCUUCUUCUUCUCCUUCCUCUUCCUCUUCUACUACAACUUCUUUAUCUUCUUUUCCUCGAAUUCUGACGAAAAACGAUGACAUUUAUUCUCUUUGUUCUGACAUUCUCGUGUUCAUAUUUUUCAUCUUUCAGUUGAUGACAUUUCUUUGUCUCCUGAUACCAAAUUUAGCUUUCUCUUUUACAUCUUACACAACUUACAACUGGGGGGAGAAUGGAUUGUGGGAUACUUGAUAUUUUUGGGGUUUGGGGGCAUACGGGAGUUACGAUAAAAGUAUUUGGAUUUUACUACUGCAUUUCUACUUUUUAUGGAGCGGCAACGAGAUUGGAGAUAUGGUGUUCAAGGAGGUGUAUGUGAAUUGGGUGGUUUGGUGAUUCGAAGUUUUACCAACUUCUUUGAUGUUUUAUUUUUGAUACCUUUUACGAGUAGAUGAACGUAGGCGGGCGUCUAGAUUAUCUAUAUGAUAGUUCAAUUGAUGCUCAUGAAA